UGUGACGCGCAGAGUCCGUUGUUGCCCGCGGUUGAGCUCGGAGGCUCUGCACGCGCACACAGCAUCACUCACACACAGCAUUGCGCGCUGCACUGAAACGGCUUAAAGUACAAUAAAAAAAAACCUUUCAGUGCUCUUCGACUGAACGCACAACAAACCCAUUGGACUUUACUAGUGCAGGUCCAAGAAAACUGGAAGAAAAAAAAAUCUAAGAAAAAAAAAUAUGAAAAACACUCCGCAUGGGUACAGUUCCAUACUUAAAUUUCUGUUCUCUUCCACCUGCUAGCCACUGGCACUGACAGAACGGGAGCAGGAUGAGAUGGACGGUCUUGCUGUGGGAGUACCUGUUGGUGGAGGUCACGGCGUUGGUGUGCAGGGCGGAUGGUGAGGCAGAGCGGCGACUCGAGGGAUUCGUCGUGUUGUCGGGAUCAAACGGCUCCGAAGAGAGCGGCGUGUCCGAAAAGCCGCACACGCAGGACGAGUGCCGCGGCUACUACGACGUGAUGGGUCAGUGGGACCCGCCGUUCGUGUGCCGCACGGGCACCUACCUGUACUGCUGCGGCACCUGUGGCUUCCGCUUCUGCUGCGCGUACAAGAGCUCGCGCCUGGAUCAGAGCUUGUGCACAAACUACAACACACCAGUGUGGCUCAAAGGCCAAACACCGUACAAGAAGACGGACCCGAGGCAUGAUCCGACAAAGGACAAAACCAACUUAAUCGUAUACGUCGUUUGUGGAGUAGUGGCCAUCAUGGCGCUCGUCGGGAUUUUUACCAAACUUGGAUUGGAAAAGGCGCAGAGACCUCACAGGGAAAACAUGACUCGAGCUGUAGCAAGUGUGUUGCAAGGUGCCUGUCAAGCUGAACAUGAAGAAGCCAUCGGGAGACACGCACAGACCUAUGACAACAUGCAGGCGAGGGUAAACAAUAUGCAGGGAACCCAAAUGCACAACAUGAGCCAGGCCCACCCCUACCCUGUCCUCAGCCAGCUGGCCCAUGUGUACGAGCAGCAGCAGCAACCUGGCAAAGAGCUCAAUAAAUACGCCUCACUAAAAGCUGUUGCGUCAAAAGUGAACGGGGGUUUCUACACCAAGCAGCACUGCCACUUGACGGAGUUGGGAACGAAAAGCACCCUACCCCUCCACGCAAUUAGGAUGGAGCAUGUGGAGCCCACUGCCUCAUAUGUCACUGAGAUCCCCAUCCCCAAGCAAAAUGAACAGAAACCUAAGCCCCCCAAGCCCCAUAUUCCACAUCGUCAUAUGGCCUACAGCUCCAACACCAUAGCCAACCCAGGAAUGCUGAAGGCCUGGGAGGGCACAGAGACUAUGGGUCGGCGCAAGACCUAUGGCCCUAGGAAGCCCUACAUGGUGGGUCAGAUGAAUGAGCUCCACAUUGCCCGCAGUCACCACUACCUACCCACACAGCCAUACUUCAUAACCAACAGUAAGACAGAAGUGACUGUGUGAAGGAAUGACUUUGCCUCUGAAGGGCUCACCAGUCGCUGUGAGCAGGAGAAACGGAUCAUGAUCCUGACUGUACCCUUCACUCUGCCCCUUGUGGAAUGGAGGCGUAACUGCAGACGUGAGCCGGUCACACCAUGAUCGGCCACACAACCAGGCGGUCAGCAAGCAAUGACAACAGCUGAACCAGGAGCAUUCCAUUGUUUUUGUGAAAUGUUCACUAUAAUUUAAACCCAUGCCAAUGAUGAUAUGUUUGAUAUGUUCAAUCAGUGAGAUAAUAUGUUGUUUUAAUUCAAAUCAAUGAGAAAAAAAAGUGAAAGUAAACAAGCAAUAAAAGCAAUCUAAUAAAAACUAAUAAAAUAAUUGGGAAUAAAUGUUUACUCCAAUAAUUAAGAGGAAAUAAGUGCAGUGGUGAACCCAAAGGUUCAAGGGCUAGUGUGGCAUGUUGAACACAGGGCCAGUAUUCCUUACAGUACCAGAGCUGAUACACAUGAUUGCACAAUUAUUUCCCAUAACCUCUCACUGCUGAAACUAACUUCAUACUUGUAUCUAAGAAUAUUUAGUGGCAGAUGCCUUAUUUGAACACACCCUGGAAAGACGUGAACUGUUACACCACAGACUGGUACUUUAGGGCUGUACCUUUCAUUUUCAUUCUAACAGUCCUCACUGUGUGUAGAUUAACAAACUCAAUUAACACUAAUUAUCUCACUCACUAACUCUGUAACAAGCCCCCGGAAAUGUCAUUCUUAAGAAAUGGUAUAAUCUCUUAGACAGCCAGUUUCUACUGUAUUUGUUACGGAGUGCCAUGAGGUAGCAUGUGAACUGGAGACUGUAGAGUAAAAAGCACUGUUAACUAACAUGAUCGCUCUGCUACAAAUUGUGCCUGAUGGCGCUUUAGCUUCGGAAACAAGUAUUUGAUCUCCCUUCAGUAUAGUUCAAAUGAUUUCUUAUGUGUUGUAUUGUAUCCUCUUGAAGGCAUUAAAGCUUGUUGUACAAUAUUUCUUCAUGACAAUAGAUGUAUGUGCAGCUAAGUUGCAACCACUGGGUUUUAGCACUUUUAUUUCAGUAGUAAGUAGUUUUGGGGAAGCUUUUAUUUGACUCCACACAGACCUUCUGGUGAAAUUGAUUUUUAAAGUAUAUAUAUUUAUACUCUUGCCAGUAUAUGUAUGCAAAUGAUACAGUUCAUUGUGCCAAGAAUUAGCUUGUUAAAGUUGUGUUUAAUUUGAUCUAUUUGUCUUUUUUCACUCACUUGUACAUUCCAACUGAGAAAAAAAAGGGUUUCUUCUGCUGCAUCACAGUAUAAGGGAUGUGGUUGUUUUGGAAAUGAUGAUAUCUUUCAAAAUCAGUUAAUGAUAUUGGAAUAAAAUAAGCAUUUCUUCUUUCUCUCCAUAAUAUUUCUCUGUCGUUGUCUUCAGUGUUAACUGGAAGUAUACAAAAUAUAAAAAUAUAUAUAAUAUUUCCUACAAAAUAGCACAUCAAUUGGAACAAUCCCAUUCUACGUGGGAUUUUAUAGAAAGCCUGGUACUUUCCUGGACACAGUUUUCCCAGUUAGUGUUUUUCUUUUUUUUUUUUUUGUAUGUUAGACUUGAAUCAAGAAUAGUCUAAUGUUCACACGAUUUCAUCUCAGGAGUCCUUGUUUUUUCUCUGUAGCUUUAGGAAAUCAUUUCUUCUUUGCACCACAGUGUAUUAUGGAAAAACAAUUUUAAAAAAAGGUGAAAUAACCAAAAACACAAGUGCAUCAUUUUAUGACAUAUUUGCUCUCUAGACAGUUUAUGACUCACAUUCUCCUUUUUUUCAAUGUACAUAGGUCCAAAAUGGUAUUUUAGUGUUUAUUCUAGAGUAAGAAAGAGGGCUCAGUGUGUCAGUGUGCAGUGUGUGGAUUUCUCUGACGAUGAUCUGAAAAGAAAAGAAGCACUAAUUGAUUAGAUUCAGGGUUCUUGGAGCAAGUAUAUGGUCUCUAAUCCAAUUCUCUAAAUCUGGCACUCCUUCACCUCUAAACAGGUGCCUCAAAUGAUCCAGUAUUUGAAUGCACUUGUUUGUGUUGAGGCUUUGUAACUCUGCCAAAAAUUAAAAUUGGGGCAGUGGGUGCAAGUGACCUAAUUAGCAGAAUCUAGCUUUCUUGGUCUGCAGUGUGCUUGGCACUAAGAUAUAUUCAUCUGUCAGACUCUGUGGGCCAUUCAGUCACGGCGGUGAAGACGCAGCUGAUGCUCUGCAUUAAACUAGCAGUCUUCCCCUGCACUGAACUCACCAUAGAGAUUACUGAGUACAGGUCUAUGUCAUUUUUUUUCCCCUGCUGAUGAAGAGCAGUUUGAAUCAUACUACAAUUUACUACAAUGUUGUAGUGAGAGGGAAUGAUAUACUGUAUAUAUUUACGUAGCAACCUUUACAGCAAAAAUGAGCUUCUAUAACCUGGCUAGCUACAAAACAUUUUUAAAAGAGCUAAUGCCUGAUCCUAUUUUAUGGAGUUGCAUCAGCUUCACCAAAGAAAGAAAGCAGUUUCUGCUACUUAAUUUUUUUAAAAACCUGAAAAAUAAAUAAAUAAAUAAAUAAAUAAAAAUCUUUGAUUAAUAGUACAAUCAAAUUACAUAAUUCAAACUGAGGAGCAAUUAGUUGUAGCAGGAAGUAAGUAGUCCUACUAUUACUAAAACUUACUAAUUACUUAAAAGUAGUAGUACUAAAUCAAGCAGCCAGCUUAAGAGCCAGUAUAAAAUGGAGCUGGAGAACCCCGAGAAACCCGCAGUGUGAAACUCUACACAAACACUAUAAUGACCUCAGGAUUGAACCAGAAACCCUGGAGCUGGGAAACUGCCCAUUUCAUACUUCUCUGAAAUACUGCUUCAUCUGUGCACUAAAAUAUUACAACAAAAUCUAUUUAAUCAGACUGACACAGUGCUGGAAAUGUCAUUAUUUUCUUCUGAUGGUAAAACAGCAGACAUUUUAAACUUGCUAAAGAAAAUAAUCAGACCAUUUUGACCCAAAAUAUGUGCUUUUGCUUCAUUUGGCAUUUUAAACUAUUAUAAAUGUUUUAUAACAAUAUUACUCUUUACACAUCAUGAGGCAGAGGUAAAUAGUGAGACAAGUAGGACAUGAAUACUAGGCACAAGAUAAUAUGAUAAUUCUUAUAAAAUAUGAUCAUAUGGAUUUAGUCAAUAAUCUGUUUAAACUAAUCAAGGUUUACUUCUCAUGUUAUGUAUUAUGAUAUUAAUAUAUUAUCAUUUCUGAAAUGGGAUUAUGUUCUUUGAUACUGUGAGAUUAAACAGAGCUGUGGAUUUAGCAACACGUGAAAGCUAAACACAUUACGGAUGUGCUCUUAAUGGGGCUUUAAAGAGAUUUGUUAGAUGAAUUUCAUCUAGCAGCAUUCGAUGAUAUUGCCACUGUUCUUCAUUUUCAGAUGGAUUUCUGACCUACCGCUAGGAAAUGUUCAGACCUCAUUUCAAGCUUUCGUAUAAUGAGAGGCGGUAAAUAUUCCAGCACAAUUUUAAGCACAGCAAAAACAAAGCAUUUUUCUGUUCACUAAAAUGCCACCAUAAUGCUGAUGCAUAUCCUCUCCUUAAAACCACUUCAGCUGCCUGUGGAGCUUCUGUUUAUUCAAAAGCAGCUCGCAGUAUAGCUAAUGCGCUAAUCCAUUUUCUUAGGUGGCAAUAAGAGAACAGGCACAUUUUACUGUAAGCUCUGCGUUCUGUCUCUUGAUCGUUUGUUUACAUUUUGUCUUCUCAAGUGGAUUAUUAAAAAAAUGUAUUAUAAAAUGUAUAUUCUAGCAUAAAUUGCUGUAGGCAUUCGGUAUGCUAAACUGCUUCAGCCAAAUCCAUGCUGUAUAUACAACCCUGUUUUCUCAGUUUUUUAAUUUUGAAUGUAUUGACAAAAACCCAUGCGAACCGGCAUAAAGGCACCAGUGUUCUCACAGAUUAAUUACGUAGGGUCUCUGCAGAGCUGCUCUCCUGAGUGCAUGCUGAAACUAGAACAAAAGUGAGCUGAUUUUUUGUCUUUAAUUACAGCAGAACCUUCCUGCAUGGGCUGUUUAAAAGAAUCCAAUUAAAUGCCCAAAACAACCACUGACGCCAGUAAUAUGUGACACCAGACACUGAUCUCAUAUAGAAAUUUCAAAUGCACCUUUGCUGUCUUUCACAUGAUCUGAAACUCCUACUUUAGAUUCGACUGAAAGUGUCGUUUCUCUGCAAAGCAGCAGAUCUGGGGAAUUAAGCUGUGUUCUUCCAGCACAAAGAUUUGAUUGCUGAUGAGAUUAGCAGUAUGUGAGCACAGAUCAAACACUGAUGGCUAGGAAGUUUUGGGUGCAUGGUGUUCAUCCUGAAACACUGAGCAAAAGUCAAAUAUGUUUGUUGUUAGUCUUCCAACCGUGUAUCCAGUCUUCUGCUGUCUGAGAGAGUCAGCGUGUACAGUCUCCUCCUUUUCGCGGAAUUUUAGCGUGGCCCGAUUUGUGGCUCACCAUCUGCUCUGUUCAAACCCAGAUAAAAAGCUCCUCAGCAGGCCUUCUUUAAAGGCCAUCGAAUGUCUUAUUGAUUACUGUGCAGAAGUGAGUAAGAGGCUGAAUUGAAUCUGUCUGGCUGGAUCAGUCCUCUGUAAGUCUGAGUGACCAAUAACCAGGUUUGAGUCCAGAUGACACCAUGCGGGGCGGAGAGCUUUGUCUCUAAAACACCCUUGCAGCUUGUUCAUGAACUCAAACGAUGCACAAGUCUGUACUGAAAUGAAGAUUUGGAUAGUGUUCGAGAAGUGAGUCUGUUAUUAAAGUGAUGAAUAAAUCAUGGCAGGUCAUAAGAGCCGUUAGCAGGAGGUACUGUUAUGAAAGAAAGAUUCAGAUUGGUUCUUUCACUUUAUGGUGCAAUGAUAUCCUGAGUGAUUAAGAUCUGAGUGGCACAUUGGAAAUUCUAAUAUCAGUUCUUCCUUGUUUCUGACAGGAUCUGUCUGAGUGCCUUUGUAUCAGGCAAGUGCACAAGAUUGAAAAAAAAAAUGCACUUUGGAAAUAUUAGACACAGAACAAAGAAAAUACUUUCUUAUGAGAGAUGACCAAUGAUGGUGGCUGAAAAAAUAUUACGUAAGCAUGCAAUGACAUUGUCCAGCCAUUUAUGCAGCCAGAAUACAACAGAAUUUCUUCACCAGUGCAGUCAUGAGUAUUGUGCAGAUUUGCUUUAUGUGUAAGGAAUUGGUCAGUGGUCAGUUAGACAAAAUUAGUUGAACAGAGCAAACUAUGCCUGGAUGAAAGCCAACUGUUGCCACGGUGACAGAACUCGUGCAGUCUGCUUUGAAAUCUUUUUGUAUGUUUCCACGGCAACAACUGUAGCUGGGUGGAGGAGCUGGUGGUGGUGCUCUGUGGGCAUCGAGGGAAUCGCAUGCCUGCAUUGUUUAUUCCCACAAAAAAUUCAUUGCCACACUUAUCCAAGAGAGAUCCAAAACAAAAGCAUUAGUCAGCAGCUGAGAGAUGGCUGAGAUGAACAGAUCCAAGCAGAGUGGCAGAGCAGAUUUUCCCCCCAUAAAGCGCGGGAUUAGGGCUACAAACAGCCUCCAUUAACCAUAGCAACAACCAGUGAUGAAGCAGAGCUCAAAUCUAUCCCAGUCCUGCUUAAUGACAGGACAGGAAUAUAAAUGGUAAUGCAGAAGCCAUGUGUGCAUGCAGCUCAUUAUGAGAAUACAGUGAGCACACAGACCCCACACACAAACACACACACACACACACACACACACACACAUACACACACACACACACACACUUCACCUGGGAGCAGGCAAGCCCUACUUGACAAUGAGAACUAAUAGAGCCUCAUACUGCUGAGAUGCACUGCUUAGAAAGAAAAACAAUCUGAACCAUUUAGGCAACACACACGCGCGCACACACACACACACACACACACAGGCACACACACAGCCUCACAUCUAAAAUGCACAAAAACACAUCAUCCACACCUCCAAAGCAACUCAUUCUGCCAGACCAUUAGCAGUGUUUCUCUCUCAACAAGAACACUUUGUCAUUCAUAAUACAAUGACCUGAAAACCACUAAUAUCAGGUAAUAUUUCAAGAUGGACCAUUUUGUCUUUGAUUUGUGUAGCUCUUCAGCACAUUUCAGCAGUGUAUGUUACGUUAUAUGCAGGAGUGAAUCAGAGAUGCAGCAAUUAUGCUAUAUUUUCUGUCAUUUUUGCAGGAAGCAAAUCCAAAAUACAGAAAAUGAAAUCAUGACAAUUCCAAGAAUGUGACAAAUAAUAUGGAGAGACUGAAACACCAGUCACUCUGGAUAUCAUUUAGAUGUAGCGCUGAAAAAAAGAGACGCACUGACUGUAUCUGAUUUAUAUGAGUGCAUCGUUCCCCAUGUGAACACAAUUUUGUCUUUUUCAGUUUACUUAAUUUUGCAAAUGCUGAUGUGAUAUUUUAUUCAUGUGAAAUUUAUGUACUCAUCUGAAUCAAGCAAAUUCAGUUCAUUACUUUUCAGCGCAAUCCUAGUCAACCCUGUCCUCUUACAAAUGUCCACAGAUAUAUCUAGUCAUGCAGCAUGCUGGGCUUUAGAUACCACUGAUGCACAUGGCAGCACUCUGUAGCUCUUAUUAACAGACCAUCAUUUAUACCAUGAUCAGUGACAGUAGUCCUAAUCUCAUCUGAGGCUACACUUCAUCCUUUUGACUUUCUUCUACAUUGGUUAUUUCUCUCUCACUCUCUCUCUCUCUCUCUCUCUCUGUCUCCAUCUCUCCUCUCUUUGUCUCUCUCUCUCUCUCUCUCUCUCUCUCUCUCUCUGUCUCUCUCUCUGUCUCACUCUCUCUCUCUCUCUGUUU